AUGUCGGUAUUCACAAUCGUCCACCGGGCCCUUCCACCCCUAUCCCUCCCCUGGAAACGACGAACAAGUCUCAAAGGCAAAUCCCCCGUGGAAAUCCUCAAUGAAAAGAAUCCCAUCCUGUCAAAUUCCAUCCCCCACGCCCAGAACUAUGAAACAAUCAUGCACCAUGACGUCCACGGACCCGUGCAGGUAGCGGUGAGCACCGACGCCCUCUACAAACCAACCAAGUCAACAUCGGAAAAAAUCCCGACCACCCCGGAUGCGGGAUCCGAGAGCCGAGCAAGCUCUUCUGGCCAGGCGCGUCCGACUCGGGCACAGCUUGAUCGUGCUGUGAGUUGGGCGAGUAUUAUCCGCAGUCGGGAUCGGUGGACGGACGAGCAGGAGAGGGAGCUUGUGCGUGCGCAGAGACAGCUAGGGAGGUGUCAAAGGGCGUGGAGUUCUGAGCAGGAGGUUUGGUUAACCUAUGUCCAGGCUCUUAGCGAGGAAAAGGAAGCCCAUUCCAGUUUCCUGUCUAUGCGACACAGACAGCAGGACGAGGAGCAGCACCAGUUCCGUAAGGCGUGGAAGCGACGACGAUCUUCCUCUGGCGACGAUGAGAUGCAGCAGCCUCCGAUCGAGACUGUGCCUCGAUUGGGCAAGCUACGGCGCUUACAGCGCUCCGUCUCUUCUAGCUCUUCAGGGUAUCGGUUGGGCGCGAUGGGAUCGACAGUUGUGGCAGUCGAGGCAUGA